UUUUGUUUUCUCAAUAUUACUGACUUAUUUUGUAUUUGUCUUUUAUUUGAUUCUCUUGUUUUCUAAAUAAUUGUUAUCAUCUACAUAUAGCGAUUUAUGUCCUCCUGUAUAACUUUCAUGCUUCUGAAUUAUUUCUCUUAACUGUUUGUAUUUAAUUUGCCAUAAUUUUGUUAACUUUUCUUUUAAUAGAAGGCCUGGAUAGUCUUACUUUUCUACAGUUAUGGCGGACAAAUUAACAAGAAUUGCUAUCGUCAACCAUGACAAAUGUAAACCUAAGAAAUGUCGGCAAGAGUGCAAAAAGAGUUGUCCUGUGGUUCGGAUGGGAAAACUGUGUAUAGAGGUUACACCCCAAUGCAAAAUAGCAUGGAUUUCUGAAACUCUUUGUAUUGGUUGCGGUAUUUGCAUUAAGAAAUGCCCCUUUGGCGCCUUAUCAAUUGUCAAUUUACCAAGCAACUUGGAAAAAGAAACAACGCAUCGAUAUUGUGCCAAUGCCUUCAAACUUCACAGGUUGCCUAUCCCUCGUCCAGGUGAAGUUUUGGGAUUAGUUGGAACUAAUGGUAUUGGAAAGUCAACUGCUUUAAAAAUUUUAGCAGGAAAGCAAAAACCAAACCUUGGGAAGUAUGAUGAUCCACCUGAUUGGCAAGAAAUUUUGACUUACUUCCGAGGAUCUGAAUUGCAAAAUUACUUUACCAAGAUUCUAGAAGAUGACCUAAAAGCCAUUAUCAAACCUCAGUAUGUGGACCAAAUUCCCAAAGCUGCAAAGGGGACAGUAGGGUCUAUUUUGGACCGAAAGGAUGAAACAAAGACACAGGCAAUUGUAUGUCAGCAGCUUGAUUUAACCCAUCUAAAGGAACGAAAUGUUGAAGAUCUUUCAGGAGGAGAGUUGCAGAGAUUUGCUUGUGCUGUCGUUUGCAUACAGAAAGCUGAUAUUUUCAUGUUUGAUGAACCUUCUAGUUACCUAGACGUCAAGCAGCGUUUAAAGGCUGCCAUUACUAUACGAUCACUAAUAAAUCCAGAUAGAUAUAUCAUUGUGGUGGAGCAUGAUCUAAGUGUAUUAGACUAUCUUUCUGACUUCAUCUGCUGUUUAUAUGGUGUACCAAGUGCAUAUGGUGUUGUCACAAUGCCUUUUAGUGUAAGAGAAGGCAUAAACAUUUUUUUGGAUGGCUAUGUUCCAACAGAAAACUUGAGAUUCAGAGAUGCAUCACUUGUUUUUAAAGUGGCUGAGACAGCAAAUGAAGAAGAAGUUAAAAAGAUGUGUAUGUAUAAAUACCCAGGAAUGAAGAAAAAGAUGGGAGAGUUUGAGCUAGCAAUUGUAGCUGGAGAGUUUACAGAUUCUGAAAUCAUGGUGAUGCUAGGGGAAAAUGGUACGGGUAAAACAACGUUUAUCAGAAUGCUCGCUGGAAGACUUAAACCUGAUGAAGGAGGAGAAGUACCAGUUCUAAAUGUCAGUUAUAAGCCACAGAAGAUCAGUCCCAAAUCAACUGGAAGUGUUCGCCAGUUACUACAUGAAAAGAUAAGAGAUGCUUAUACUCAUCCACAAUUUGUGACUGAUGUAAUGAAGCCUCUGCAAAUUGAAAACAUCAUUGACCAAGAGGUGCAGACAUUAUCUGGUGGUGAACUGCAACGAGUAGCUUUAGCUCUUUGUUUGGGCAAACCUGCUGAUGUCUAUUUAAUUGAUGAACCGUCUGCAUAUUUGGAUUCUGAGCAAAGAUUGAUGGCAGCUAGAGUUGUCAAACGUUUCAUCCUCCAUGCGAAAAAGACAGCCUUUGUUGUGGAACAUGACUUCAUCAUGGCCACCUAUCUAGCAGAUCGGGUCAUCGUUUUUGAUGGUGUCCCAUCUAAAAACACUGUUGCAAACAGUCCUCAGACCCUUUUGGCUGGCAUGAAUAAAUUUUUGUCUCAGCUUGAAAUUACAUUUAGAAGAGAUCCAAACAACUAUAGGCCAAGAAUAAACAAACUCAAUUCAAUUAAGGAUGUCGAACAAAAGAAGAGUGGAAACUACUUUUUCUUGGAUGAUUAGACUGACUGAGAAUAUCAAUAAGCCAUUUAUUAAAAGAAACAUUUAUUGAGAUUGUUGUAUAAAACUUGAAUCAGGUUUUAUGCUCUACAUACUUUGGACCUUGAAGUGUAACUUACUUGAUGUAAUAUCAAAAACCAGUUGUGUUGUAAGUUGUAGUCUGAACACAGGAAAUGCCACUUUUCUGUUCUUGUUGACAAGUCCCUUUUUGUGCAUAACAUUUUUAAAUGAAGACAUUUCAAGUUAUACAAAUUACCUCCAAGUUUUUAUGAUGAAUAGGAAGAUUUUCAAUAGAUGUAUUAUAUUCGUGUACCAAAUGCUGACCCACAUUGCCCCAUUUUAAAAAAUCUUUGAGAAAUGUUUUCUGUGCUACUGUGGUCUGUCAAGUAUGCCAGUAUAAUGAAACAGCCCUUAUUUUAAAAACCAGUCUAAGAUACCACUGAUGAGAUUUGAUAAACAUCAGGAUUAUAGUUUAUUUGUUCUCAAUCUUUACACCAAUGUAUUACUUUCCAAGGAAGAUUAUUUACUACAAAACACUGUUGUCAGAAAAUGGGUAUUUGUUACUAAUUUAAGCAUUGUUUUUUAAUGUUUUAAAUGUUUUUUGGUGCUUUUGAACAUCUUUAUCAUUUCCCACUGCUUUCAAUGGGAAAGCAGAAUAGAGGGAAGAAAUAGAAAUUGUUUGAACAAACUUUUAGAGUUCCUUGAAACAAGAGAAAGCUUGAUUAACAUAAAAACAGUGGUUAAAAAGUAUAUUUUGAUUGGGCCCCGUUAGGCCUUUUUAAAAUAAUUUGUAAGUAAUCUAUAAAUAAAUGUUUGUGAAAAAUUCAAGUUCAGAAAAGUAAACAUAAUAAAAAGUUGCCUCCCUUUUCACAUUACCCUCCCAGAGGUUCCCAGUGUUUAACAUGUAUCCUUUCAUGCUUUUUUCUCUGCACUUACAUAAGUGUGAAUAUGUAAAGGGUUUGUUUGUUUUGUACAUAAAUGGGAUUACACGAUAGGGCCUAUUUUUAGGGAUAGGUUAAAUUUGCGGAUGAUUGUUCAAAUAUAUUGAAUAAAAUAAGAUAAAAACUAUU